GCGCAGCGCGCUGCAGGAGUCAGAGAUGCGGCUGGACGCUACUCUGCUUCUCACAAGCAGAAAUCAUGACACAAAUAUUUCAAAAAUGCAUCAAAAAUAUAUUUUUUGUACGUCUCUUAUCUUCAAAUGAGGCGGAUCACCAGCCUGCACCUUGCACCCUGACUGGAUCUAUUCAUGCGCGCCUAUCCAUUUUUUUCUUUCUUUUUUUUUCUUAUUAUCUCCAGCAGGUUUUAGCUGAAGGAGAGCGUUAUUGAUGGACUCCUGUGUUAUCAGUGGAGCUGGAUGGUGAAUUUAUCCCAGAAUCCCGCCAGCAUGGAGUCCCUUAACGCCAGCGGAAUGGACGCCUUCACGGUGGUCCAUCUGAAUUCCUCCUGGAGCCUGGACAGCGGAUAUUCUCUAGCCGCAAUUGCCAGCAUCGCUGCUCUCGUAAGUUUCCUGAUUCUUUUCACCGUAGUUGGGAAUAUUCUUGUGGUCAUCGCCGUGUUAACGAGCAGGGCGCUAAAAGCCCCCCAGAACCUGUUCCUGGUGUCCUUGGCCACCGCGGACAUCCUGGUCGCCACUUUGGUGAUGCCCUUCUCUCUUGCCAAUGAACUCAUGGGCUACUGGUAUUUCGGGAAAGUUUGGUGCGGCAUCUAUCUAGCUUUGGACGUGUUGUUCUGCACAUCAUCGAUCGUGCACCUGUGCGCAAUCAGCCUGGACCGGUACUGGUCCGUUACGCAGGCUGUGGAGUACAAUCUAAAGCGCACUCCGAAGCGCAUCAAGUGCAUCAUUCUGAUUGUGUGGCUGAUCUCAGCCUUCAUCUCCUCCCCUCCGCUCAUGUCUAUUGACAGCAACAAGGACGCCAGCUCACAACCCCAGUGUGAGCUGAAUGAUGACACCUGGUACAUCCUCUCCUCCAGCACGGCUUCUUUUUUUGCGCCCUGCUUAAUUAUGAUCCUAGUGUAUAUUAGAAUAUACCAGGUAGCUAAAACCAGAACCAGAAGCCUAUCGGGAAAGAAGCCCAAACCAGAUGGGGUCACACAAACUGAGAAUGGACUUAGCAAGCAGUCUUCACCUUUCCACGAGGAGAGGGAGAACGGCCACUGUCAGUGUCCUCCUACACCCAGCCAACACACAGUCACCAUGGGUCCACUGACUGAGGAGGGUGAUUUGGAGGAAAGCUCCUCCUCAGAGGGCAAAGGCCACAAACCCCAGAGGAGGGACUCCCAAAGAGUCCCCAUGGACAUCCAGAAGAAAAGCUCUCUCCCUAUCCGCAUCUCCGGGGUCAGCAACAAGUCAAUGGACCUCUUUGCCUCCAGGAGGAAAUGUCGUCGGAGCUCAUUUGCAAGGAAAAAGGUCUCCCAGGCACGAGAAAAGAGGUUUACGUUCGUCCUGGCUGUGGUUAUGGGGGUUUUCGUAGUGUGCUGGUUCCCCUUUUUCUUCAGCUACAGCCUGUAUGGGGUUUGUGGAGACUCAUGCAAGAUUCCUGAUCCGCUUUUUAAGUUCUUCUUCUGGAUUGGUUACUGCAACAGCUCCCUUAACCCAGCCAUUUACACCAUCUUUAACAGGGACUUUAGGCGUGCCUUCCAGAGGAUCCUCUGCAAGUCGUGGAAGAAAUCCUCCUAGGCCUAAAAGGAAGAUUUAAUGAAUUGUUUUCACCAUUUGUUUCAUUAUUAAUUCCAUUGUCCUGUUGUUUCUGUCAUGAAAGUGCACACCCUUAACCAGCUGCUGGGGCAACAUCGUGUAUAUUUUCAUCCCUAGGCUUUUUACAGACCUUCCUGAUCUGAUUAUUGAGUGAGGCUGUCCUUUAUGUCUGAGCUAUAAUGACGUUAAGGGAUAUUUUCUGUAAAAAUCAAACAAACAACAUAAAAAUAAAACAUGAAAUAUCCCAUUAUUUGGCAGCUAAAAGAUAACAGAACAAACACUUUCUUAUGCAGUUUACAAUUUUUCUUGGUGUUGCUGUCCUGUUAAAUUAUACCAAAAUUUAUUUAAACCUGUAGUGAAGGAUCGCACAAUGAGAUCAUCAAAUAAAUAACAGCUAGACAUUUUGGUUUUUACAUCUCAUAAAUAGCUGUUACUCUUGUAGUUAAAUAUAUUGCAAAAAAAGCAGGUUCUACUGUGUCAGAUUUUGCUUGCAAACAAUCCCAGAUUCCUUUGGAGGCACCUAUUAAGAUCACAUAUUGCCGUAUGACAACCCGUUUGGUCUAUCUUUUGAAAAUGUCACAAAAAGCUAGCUUCACAGGUGUAAAACUUUAGGUGUAAAGUAUGAAGUUUAUAUAUCCGUUUAUAUCACUUUUUGUACAGUAAAGGAUGUAUUUUGUGCAAAGAAAUGCUGAACCUUAUCAAUUAAGCUAUACUGAACACAUAAUGGCUCAGAUAAAUGUUAAACAAAAAUCACAACAAAUAUAAUGUAAUUAUAAGAUAAUAUAAUUUCUAGUUUUUAUUAAAUAUAAAUUAUUUGAGGAAAAACUGGAGUUGAAAAGACUGGUUUACAUUUGUGUGGUUCUGUCAGUAUGUUCUUAGCUGUCAAUAUCUUACCUGCGGUGGAAAACUCCCUUUCAGUUCUUUUGUUAGUGUGAAUCCAGACAAACUGGUUGCAGAAGCUGUGAUCUUCUAAGCGGGCUUAUAUCUUCUUAAAACAUAUCCAAUCUAAAAAAUGUCAACGCAGUUUAUGUGGGUGCUGUGUUAUGUUUAUUUACGCUAAAGCAAAUAAUGAUUUACAUGUAGAAAAUGGAUAUAAAACUAAAGGCUUUUCUGAUUGUUACACUGCAGUACUUUAAUAUCCCAUGCUUGUACUUUACAUGUUUUGAAUGUCACAGAAGCAAAUAAUUUACUAUCAUUUAUGUCACACCACCUUCAUCCUCCACAGCCAAAGACAAUAAGACUUGUUUUAAGUAUAAAACCAAACACACAGAGACAAAGUGGGUUAAAGGUUCAUAAAACAAUAUUUAUGCAAGCUCCAGAUAAUGGGAAAUUGAACUAAAUGAAGUACACUCAAGAGCUGUCUACUGCAGGUAGUAGGCUGGCAGUUAACCUUGUGUCCAAUAACAAGUUUCAGUGAAGUUAAGAACAAUUAUCAAGGGAAAAAUUAUUUAACAUGAUUUGUUGCAAUAUCAUCAGAGUAACAAAGUACAAAUACUUUGUUAUCUUACUUAAGUAGAAAAUGUGUCUAUCUAUACUAUAUUGGAGUAACUACUCCUUCAAUUUAAAAAAAUAAAGGCAUUAGUUUUGUUUUAUUUAAGCUUAUAUUCCUCAUUGCUUGUUGGUAGUUAGAAAAAAUAUAUAUCGAAAUAAUUAUUUCAAUCCAUACAAUUAAAUUCUUUGUGGUUGAACUUGGUACUGCAUGGGGCUGAAACAAUUUA